AUGACUAGUGUAGCUGGCCAUCUGCAAAGCACCGAUUUCGUGUCUGACUUCAGGGGUUGGAGAUCCUGUGAUCCAGAGCGUCUCUUCGAUGCUCCCUUAGUGACCUAUGUGGAAGACGACAAGAAAGGUAUUGCUGCCAACAUUGAGACCCAGGCUCGCAACGUACAAUAUCUCUUCAUCUGGACCGAUUGCGACAGAGAAGGUGAACAUAUCGGCAGUGAGAUCAGAGAUGUUGCGCUGAGCAGUAACCCUCGGCUGAGGCAGCCUGGAAAAGUUGUGCGAGCCAGAUUCUCCAACAUCGAAAGAGCACAUAUCAUUCAGGCUGCUCGCAACCCCAUCCCUCUUGACGAAAACUCGGUCAAUGCUGUUGCUGCAAGAAUCGAGCUGGAUCUCCGUAUUGGCGCCAGUUUCACUCGAUGGCAAACGUUGCAGAUCGCUGAUUAUCUCAAAAAUUGCGGCGUUUACUCUCCUGACGAGAAGAAAGUUCUCAGCUACGGCGGCUGUCAGUUUCCCACGCUUGGCUUCGUUGUCGACAGAUACUUCAUGGUCAAGAAUUUCGUUCCCGAACCUUAUUGGGCUAUAAAAGUUACACAUAUCAAAGACGACAUCACUGUCAACUUCCGUUGGGCCCGCAUCAAUCUCUUCGACCGAAUGGCGGUAAUCAUACUGUUCGAGAGAUGUCUGACUGCCAAGUAUGCAAAAGUCAUCAAAGUACAGACCAAGCCAGCCAGCAAGUGGAAACCCUUGCCACUGACAACGGUUGAAUUGCAGAAGAUGGGCAGCAGGUUUUUGCGUAUGGACAGUCAAAGAGUCAUGAAAAUCGCCGAAGAACUGUACAACAGAGGUUUUAUCAGUUAUCCAAGAACUGAGACAGAUCAAUUCGACAGAGGAAUGGACCUGAGAGCCUUGGUCCAGAAGCAAACUCAAUCACAAACCUGGGGAGCGUUCGCUCAUAACCUUAUGAAUGGAGGCUUUAACCAGCCAAGACAAGGUCGCAACAACGAUAAGGCUCACCCGCCAAUUCAUCCGGUUAACUUCGUCACACCAAACGCAUUAAACAACCAAGACGAGCGCAAAGUAUACGAAUUUGUAGUGCGAAGGUUCCUUGCCUGCUGUAGUGAAGAUGCCAAAGGCUCUCGCGAUGAGGUCGGAAUCUUGUAUGGAUCCGAAAUUUUCAAUGCCUCUGGAUUGUCAGUACUUGAAAGAAACUACCUAGACGUCUAUCCCUAUGACAAGUGGACUAGCACGCAACAACUUCCACAGUUCCAGGUCGGCGAGAUAUUUGAGCCGACUGAGGCUAGGAUGACUGAGGGCAAGACAAGCCCACCUGGAUAUUUAACAGAGCCAGAUCUCAUUGCGCUCAUGGACGCGAAUGGCAUUGGUACUGAUGCUACAAUGGCCGAGCACAUUGCCAAAGUCAAAGAACGUGAGUACGUCAUGACACNNGACCUCGAGCUCGAAGAGCGCCUACAGAAGGUGAAGAGGAACGAGAAGAAGGCGAAGCACCGCCCGUCCAAGAAGACGACAAUGACGACGGCGGAGGCCGAGGUGGAGGUAGAGGACGUGGUCGAGGAAGAGGAAGAGGUGGUCGAGGGGGGUGGAGCAGGCGGACGUGGUGGAGGAGCUCAGCAAGGCGGCGUACAAGAAUUCAUUCCAACGACCCUGGGCGUGGCCCUGGUCAAAGGCUACGAGGAUAUGGGAUUUGAGAUGAAUUUGAGCAAGCCCUUUCUCAGAAAAGAGAUGGAGAACAAGAUGAGAGCAAUCUGUGCAGGCACUACAACGAGAGGUGAUGUGGUGCAUGAAAGCUUGGACAUGUACAGAGAUGUCUAUAUCAGAACGAGGCGGGGUGUCAACAUCUUGAAAGCGUCGGUUAGAGGAGGAGGAUGCAAGACAUACUCGCUACGGCAACAAUGGAUCAAGGCCAAAGCCAAGGCCAAGGCAGAUAGAGUCGAGUUGUUGGGGUGGCGGCUCGAGCAUGAGUUCGCCAGCUUCCAACCAUCGCCCAAACAACAUGACGAAGAGCUUCGCAUCUUGUCGCGCAUCCAGAGCACAGGUAGUCUCUUGUCUCUGCCUCCUCGCGGCUCCAUAUCCGCCGAAGCCCAGCGCCCGAGAAUGUCUUUUGACCAAGCAGCCCUCGAGGCCGCUGACCUGCGCAGCAUGACCAGGUCAGACUUCGCAUACGCACAUGGCAGCCAUGCACCUGCUGAUAAANUUCCAAGCUCUCCCACUCUGCCUGAACGUGAAAGCGGUCUGCGCCGCAUCAGACAAUCCCACAAUCGUCAACCUACCUCUCCUCAAUUGCUCCAGACCUCGCGCUCUCCCUCGCUCAACAUCAACAUACCCUCACAGCCGCUGCCCGCUUCCCUGCCUUCGGGCCCUUCGUCGCCCGUAUUACCCUUUGGCGAGGAUCUCAGCCGCUUUCCUUCCGAGUCUCUGCAUUCUUUCUCCUUCGCACAUCAAUCCGAGACGUCGAUACACAAUCGCCAAAUGAUUCUCAAGAGGUCGGUCGAUUUUAUGAAGGACAGGCCAGGGUGGGGUUCUUCAAAUCCCGCCAUCCUGAACGCUCAAGCAAAAAUCACUGGAGAUCAGGAAGCACAGAGCAUGGUGGAACUAUUACAACGCGCCAACUUGCUAGGUCCCGAUGGCAAUUCGUUGCAAGCCCCGGGUUUGGGCAUCAUGGGUGCUCCACUCAGUGGCCCAGCCGAUCCCUCGGCAGACAACAUUNUUGAGAAGAACUUUGCGCCUCUCAGCGAGAGCCCUAAGGACUUCGACGACGACUUGGUCAUGUCGUCCACCUCUCCCAAGUCCAUCAAGUCAUCCGAAGAGAAGGAUACCUUGCAACCCGAACCCAAGCGCAUCUCGCUCAAGCGCACCUACACUGACACAAGCGGCCUAAGCUUGCAGCACCGUCUUGCUGAUGCUCUGGCCACACCUUACCACGCCGCUGAUGUGCCCCGCCGUGCAGAGCCUCUUACUCCCAGCCACGUCCCUUCAGGAUUGCACACGUCCAAGUCGACCACCUCGCUGACUGGCUCCACCUCUCACGGCCACGGCCAUGGCCAUGGCAGGCAAUCUGCUGCAGCUCAGGCUAUUUUCACUACCGAUGCGCGCGCUCCUUGGACCAUAACUGCUGCCAACGAUCUGGCAUGUCUCGUAUUUGGCGUCACCCGUGCCGAAGUGCGCAAAAUGGGUAUUAUGGAAGUCAUCCGUCCUGAGCGACGCAAAUGGCUCGAGAACAAAUUGAGACAUCCCGAUUCGGAUCUGUACACCCAACAAAACAAGUCUCCUAACCAUAGCCCGUCAUCUUCAGCUCUGGCAAAGGGUAGUGGUGUAACAGCCAAGCUCCUGAGCAAGCCCCCUGCACGCCAAACGUACCAGAGCAGACGCUCGAAAACCGUCAACGGUAUAGAGUCAGCUUCGACAACACGCCGUGCCGCUCCCAAUUCUUCGCAAAAAUCACGUGGUGUGCUACUAUGUGGUGAUGUUGUUCCUAUCCAGAAGCGCAAUGGAGACAUCGGAUCAGCCAGUUUGUGGGUCAAGGAAAAGCAGGGCGGCUUGAUUUGGGUGCUUGAAGAGAUUGCCGAGGACGUUGCUUACAUCACAGUUGACGAAAUUGGCUGCGUCGAANAAGGUGUCGGUGCCUUGGAGUCCAUCUGGGGAAUCGAGAGAGUGCGUAGGGGCACAGAUAUUAGGAAAUUGGUUCCCGAACUACCAAAACUGGCCGGCACAAAUACUGGCAUGCUGGACUUCGAUCAGAUUGCUUCGCUACGUCGCUACACCGCUCGCACAGCAAACAGCAUCAGCGUCCCCGUCACAAUCGAUCAACUUUCUGGUCAACCGACAUUGCGCAUUUCCAGCUUCCCUCAUAUUGCUGGCAUCCUUGUUCUGAACCCCGACACACUCGAGAUUGUCAGCUCAAACAACGUCUUUUCUGCUUCUCUGUUCGGCCACGAUGCUCCUGACGGCCUUCCGAUUACCGACUUGAUACCUUAUUUCGACAAUAUACUGCACUUGUUGACCGACGAAGACAAGAUCCGCCUGGUUGACGGUCUUGUCAUUCCAGAACACAGUUUCAGAAAAGCUCGUGCGCUUCUUGCCCUUCGUGAAGGUCGCGCAGAUGCCGCCUCCAUCUUCCUCAAGCCCAGCGGCCUGCCUGCGAAACAUCGAGACGGCUCGGAUAUCAUGAUUGAUGUUCAGAUGCGCGUCGUCAAGAGCGAUCGCCAUAGCUUCGACAGCAUUCCGGAACAUAACCGUAUAGAUCCAGACUCAUUGCCUGCAUCAGAGGUUGUUUACGCCUUGUGGAUCACAUACUCGAGACAACUUCAUGCUGUAAACCACGGUAUUGGUCCUGUAAUUCCGACAGUGUCCAGGCCUGUCACUCCUCCACAGCAACCAGUACCUGCACCAUCGAACUCGAGUGGAGAUCAGGACAGCGAAGAUUCCAGCAGUGACAAAGGCAGUGAGACCAAGACGAAGGUCGAUACUCCUUCUCUCAUAGCUCAACAAUUACAACAUUCACCAACCCAAUCACAUUCAUCAGGAACGCCAUUGCUUACGAGCGAACCCUUCGAACAUCCGUCCCCUGCUGCUAUUGAAGCUGGUGCAACCACUAUUAAAAAGAAGGUCAUUGCUGAUUUCCUCAUUCUGGAAGAAAUGGGCCAAGGAGCGUAUGGUCAGGUCAAGCUUGCACGAUACAAGAAAGCCAAUGCACAGAAGAUGUGUAUCAAAUAUGUUACGAAACGCCGCAUUCUGGUCGAUACGUGGACUAGAGAUCGACGACUCGGCACAGUGCCCUUGGAGAUUCACGUUCUGGAUUAUCUACGACGGGAUGGCCUGCAGCACCCAAAUAUUGUCGAGAUGGCCGACUUCUUCGAAGACGACAUCAACUAUUACAUCGAAAUGAUUCCGCAUGGUCUGCCUGGUAUGGACUUGUUCGACUACAUCGAACUCCGUGUUAACAUGGAGGAGAAGGAGUGUCGAAAGAUCUUCGUGCAGGUCGCCAAUGCUUUGCACCACUUGCAUAUUAAGGCCAAGGUCGUGCAUCGAGACAUCAAGGACGAAAACGUCAUUCUUGACGGAGACGGUGCUGUUAAACUUGUUGAUUUUGGCAGCGCAGCAUACAUCAAGUCAGGUCCCUUCGACGUUUUCGUUGGCACCAUCGAUUAUGCGGCCCCUGAGGUCCUACGCGGCAGUCCCUACCGAGGCAAAGAACAAGACGUGUGGGCGCUCGGUAUCCUUUUAUACACGAUUGUGUACAAAGAGAACCCCUUCUACAGCAUCGACGAGAUUAUGGACCAUGAUCUAAGAGUGCCGUAUAUCAUGAGCGAAGACUGCAUUGACCUCAUCCGCAAGAUGCUGGACCGUGAUGUUGAGAGACGCAUCGGCAUUCAAGCUGUUCUCGAUCAUCCAUGGUGCACAUACGUCGACCCUGAGGAUGAUUAA